AUGGAAUUUUUAUUCCUAUCAAUCAUUCAAAAAGUAAUUGUUUGCUAUGGUAUGGAUUUCCUUUUAGUUUUAGGUGAUAUUGGUAAUAGUUUUGUUAUUCUAAUUUUCGAUCAACAUCGUAAAAGUGCGUGCUCGGUCUAUUUAUCCAGUGCUGCAAUAAUAAAUAUCAUAUAUCUUUCAUUUAAUAUUCCCAUUAUGUUUCAAACGUAUAUUUUUGGUGAACCAACAUCUAGUUCAUUAGUUUUUUAUAAAAGUAUAUUAACUAUUCUUUUUGUUCCUGAAGCUGCAUACGGACCAACCAAUCAAUGCAUUGGAAUUGGUGCUGUACUUCGUAAUCGUGAUCAUCGAAUAGUAUUCGCUACAGAGUCUUCUUGGAAGGGUGAACUCUCCGACUUCGGUUUUGAGGAGUAUAUGGUCGAUUAUUCUGAACAAUCAGCAACCAAUGAAGUAAUCGAUGUUGGUCAAUUUUGGUCUAACUAUAUUCGCAUGAUUAAAUCAGAAGUCCAUGUACGUUCACUCGAGUCAAGUGUGCGAGAAACAUCCUUUCGACAACGUCCAAAUGAUUGUGCUCUAAUAUACCUCUCAUUGCGAUCUCUUGGCGGAGCCGAAGUUGAAUUGAUGCAACGUCUCAUUGAUGUACUUUUACAUACACCACAUCGUUACAUCAUUAGUAAGGGACCACUACAUGAGCAGAUUAAACUCGCACAACGUAUGGAUGAGCUCGGUUUCGGAAUACGACUAUCUCCAUAUGCAUUUCGAGACGAAGAACUGACAGAUGAUAUCAAUCAGAUUCUUAUCAAUAAAAUCUUACGUGAACACAUGACUGAGAUUGGUAAAAGAAUUCGCUUUCACAAUGGCCUUCAACGUGCUGCAAACAUCAUUGAGACGAUUGUCCGACAGCAUAGUGUUCAGUAA